AUGCUUGAUUUACAAACUUUUUUUCUUAAACAGUUAGUGAAUUUGUUAUUGAUUCUCGAAUGACGUUCUACUGGUAUGACAGUCGCCUCAUGACUCCCGAGUGCCGAGACGAAAAGAAAGAUUGUGACGACAGUUUCGACUUGAAGAAAAGAUUCGAUGAGCUAUGGACACCAGAUCUUUACAUUCUGAACUCAAGACUGGCAAGACAGCACGAUCAGCCUCUAAGAAAUGGGAUGGUAUACUUGCAUGCCACAGGAAGAGUCCUUCUCAGCAAAAGAUUAUCCGUAACUUUGAGAUGUCCCAUGAACUUAAUUCACUAUCCUCUGGAUACACAAAAGUGCCCAUUAUUGAUUUGCCCUUAUUCACUAACAGAGGAGGAACUUAUUUUGCGAUGGUCAAAAAAUGGUGUUGGGAUUUUAGAUCAUGAAGACGAUGGUCAACACAAGUUUAUUCUGCAACGACCCGUAAGGUUUGGAUCUUGGAAACUUUCUUAUGAAGGACCAGAUGUUUCAGGUUCAUUCUCUUGCGUUAACGCAACGUUUACAUUGAAACGCAACAAUGGAUAUCACAUCGGAUACUCAUACUCCAUAACAGGCUUCAUCGUCAUUGUCUCAUGGCUUGCUUUCUGGCUACCAGUCAACGCAAUUCCAGCUCGUGUGACCCUUGGGGUGACCACCCUUCUUACGUUGCUGACUACAGCGAAUUUCGUUCGAACUUCUCUGCCACCCAUCCCUUAUGUGACUGCCAUUGAUGUCUGGGUCGGGGUUUGUACCCUGUUUGUUCUUCUGGCCCUCUUACUUUUUCCCAUAGCGCACCAUUUUUCAACAAAGAGUAUGGAGAAGACAGACCAGAAAGGAACCAAGAUAAUGGUGCAUAGCCGAAUUGAUCCCUUAAAUCUCAAGUGUAUCAAAUGUGGAGGAAAUAAAAGUGCUUCUAACGCUCUAAGCUCCAAAGAAAGUUUAAAUGUGGACAAAUUGUGUAAACAAUUGUUUCCAGUUUUAUUUUUCGUGUUCAACACAAUAUACUGGUGGUAUUAUUUAACGCAAAACUAGAUAUUUACUUGAUAACACCAACUAUGCAGUUUUUUAAAAAAAAAGAUUAAAUUCUAUUCUUGGUAUAAGAGUUAUUUUAGCUGGCUUUUGUACUUUUGAAGUAAAUUAAAUUAAGGUUAUGUAAAUAAAUAAAAACGUUUCUUUACG